GAGCUGAUGAAUUUUCCUGCAGCACAACUUCCUCGCCAUUUCGAUGCUCGCAAGCGAUGGCCUCUGUGUUCCUCGAUACAUGAUGUGCCGAAUCAGGGUGGAUGUGGAUCCUGUUUUGCAGUAGCAGUAGCAGGAGUAGCGUCGGAUCGCAGCUGUAUAGCAACAAACGGUAGCAUGCAGGUUAAGCUCAGUGCCGAGGACAUCAUCGGAUGCUGCCCCGCAUGUGGCGAUUGCUAUGGCGGUGAUCCACUCAAAGCAUUCGUCUAUUGGGUAAACGAAGGACUCGUCACUGGUCAGUUUUUGCUUCUGCGCAGAGUAAAGAGGAAUCAAAACGAUUGUGCGGACAGCCGGGAUGAGUUAAAGCAUAUUAUUGAUGUUUACUGAGA